UAACAUUUGAAGGAGAAAAGCAGAGUUUUUGAACCAUGAAUCCAUAUUUUCGGGUAAAGGAAGAGUACCCGAGUUCAAUUUAUUCACGGUCCGAAGAUGAUGCGCCAGUGAUGGUGAGGCCGCCGCAGCAGAUAGAGGGUCUUCACGAUGCAGGGCCGCCGGCAUUCCUUACCAAGACCUUUGACAUGGUGGAUGACCCCGGUACCAACCACAUAGUUUCUUGGAGCAGAGGAGGUAGCAGCUUUAUUGUAUGCGAUCCUCACCUUUUCUCCACUAAUUUGCUCCCUAGAUAUUUCAAGCACAAUAAUUUUUCUAGUUUUGUUAGGCAGCUCAAUACUUAUGGUUUCAGAAAGAUUGAUCCAGACAAAUGGGAGUUUAAGAAUGAAGGGUUUCUCAGGGGCCAAAAGGAUCUUCUAAAGAGCAUUCGGAGAAGAAAGACCCCAUCUCAGCCCCCACCUUCUCAAGAAGCGCUCGGUCCUUGUGUUGAAGUUGGCAGGUUUGGACUAGAAGGAGAAGUCAACCGUUUGAAGCGUGAUAAACAGGUUCUAAUGAUGGAAUUGGUGAAGCUAAGACAGCAGCAACUGAAAACUCGAGCCUAUCUUCAGGCCACGGAAGAAAGGCUGCAAACCACAGAAAAGAAACAGCAGCAAAUGAUGUCUUUCUUGGCUAGAGCGAUGCAGAAUCCGGCUUUUCUCCAGCAGCUAAUGCAACAAAAUGAGAAAAGAAAGGAGCUUGAAGAAGCCAUAUCUAGGAAAAGGAGGCGGCCGAUUGAUCAACGACCCGGUGUUGUUGAUGUAGGUGAAUCUAGUCGAAGUAGCGGUGGAAUGGAUCCUGUUAAAACUGAACCUUUAGAAUAUGGUGAUUAUGGGUAUCAUGUAACAGAAUUGGAAGCGCUUGCACUGGAAAUCCAAGGCUAUGGUAGAGCAAGAAAGGAGCAAGAACAAACUCAAGAUGAGGUCGAACAUCGAGAGAGUCAUGACAACGAACUCGAUGAAGGAUUUUGGGAAGAAUUAUUGAAUGAGAGAUUUGAAGGAGAGUUGGAUAUACCAGGAAGCGAAGAUGAAGAUGUGAAAGUGUUGGCUGACCGUUUGGGUUAUUUGGGUUCAAGUCCAAAGUACAGAAAAUGAACAUCUAGAUUCCAUAUCAU